CCCAGCGAAGCAACAGCAGAAGGCAAGAACACAAAAGCGACAUCGAACGCUGGGAUUGCUGAACCAGAUAGAAAUAAAAGAGGACUUGCAUUUCAAAUUUGAACUUAUUCACGCCAAAGCGUUCAGCACCAUGGACAGCAUCCGAGCAGCGGUAUACCUGAGCAUUUGCCUCUCGUUACUGUGCGUCUGUCGGGGUCAGAUGUCAACGGGCAACCAGCUUUCUUCGCAAGAGGAACAAUUCAUCAAAAAAGAUCUGGUUGAGGCUCUCGAGGAACUUUUGGAUGGAGAACAAGACAACAGAUUAUCUGUGGAGAAAAGGGCUAGCGUCAUACCAAGGUGCGACGUGGGAGAGCGCUGCGCCAUGAAGCAUGGACCACGCAUCGGGCGGCUAUGUGAUUGUAUGCGAGGAACAGCCUGCAAUACUUUCUUCUUGCGCUGCUACUGACUAACUCUAUCACCUCAGGCACUGCACAUGAAAGCAAAGCUUGCGACAACUGAUUUAUUUAGCAGGUGCAUUCUAUACUGUAAAACUGUUGUAUUGCUCGUAAUCUUGUCCACAUAAACAACAUGUGUUAUUAAAAUCGUUUUUUAGUUCAGUCAAGGUUGAUUGAUUUUGAAUAGGCUACUCUCCACAUAUUUGAAAUAUACUUGUUUACAUUUAAUAAAUGUACGUCAUUUCAAUAAAACUG